UUUGUCAUAAGAGCUCAUUGGUGUUUUGGUUGGGUUGGCGGUCGCUUCUAUACUCUCAUCCAUCUAAUCGAUUGAACGAAAGACUUCAGACAUAUCAGCGAGGUUCAGGCGCAUCGACUUUUGGCGUUUCGAAUAUGAAGCGCCGGCAGGUCAUUUUCUGGCGAACAAAUAUCUGUUUACCAAUUAUUUUAAUUUGUCUACCUGCGUUAAUAAGAGGAGGAAUGGUUUCAAUAUCCGAAUUAAAGCAGUGUCAACGGGAUCGAGCUUUUGAUCGUGCCGUUAACGACAACGUGUCUCCGUGGACCGUACAUUUAUACAACUGUAAAAAUAUGGACCCGAAUUUCUAUUGGUCUGUAGAAUGCCGGCGAGGAUCCUGUAUUAAUCCAUUGACUAUGCACGCGUUGGACAAUUAUACAAUAAUGCCUAUCAAGAAAUGGAAAAUUUAUCUUAACAGAACUACGGGAAAACGCGAACGUGCGUAUGUCACGGUUGCCUGCAAAUGCGUGCCUGAUGCCUACGUUGACGACAACAAUGCAUUUGCAUGAAGAGUUCGAGAAUUUCCCGUUCUGUUCAAUGUCGAUCGGAUGAGCCAACCCGUUAAACUGGCUGUAUUAACAAGUCUUCUUACUUCUCACAGUUCUAGGUACUUAGCCCAUCCCUAAGUCUGAUCGGUCGUUGUACGGCCUUCGCCCAAGAAAUUAGUAUUACACUCUCGUUUUGUUGAACUGUACAGAGACCGAUGCCAGAUAAGUAAAGGUGGAAUCACUUUCAAAUAUUGAUAUUUAUGCAUGGUAUAAAUUUAUCGUCGACUGUAAAUAAAUUGGACGGGAUUGUCGUGCGAUUCGGACAUGUCAUUUCAGAGCC